GGCUCGCUUACGGGAAGUAGAAAGGUGGGUACGCGAAAUUCGGGUAAAUGGAUAUUCUCAAAUACAACAAGAAAAAAAUGAUCUUAUCAAUGUUGCUUCUAUUAAUUUGAAACAAUUAGAAAAUUUAAAGAAUGAAACCAUUCACUUGGAACAAGAAAGAGUAAUUGAACUGGUUCAAAAACAAAUUUCUUACCAAGCUGUCCAAAGAGCUCUAGGAACUCUGAAUAGUCAUUUGAAUAGCGAGUUACAUUUACGUACGAUCGAGCAUAAUAUCGACCUACUCCUAGCCAUGAAAAACAUAACUGAUUAAUAGUAUAUAUAAUAUAGUAGGUCUUAUUUUUCAAAAGAGAAUUAACUAGUGUUAAUGGUAACUAUUCGACCCGAUGAAAUCAAUAGUAUAAUACGUAAACAGAUUGAACAAUAUAAUAACGAGGUCCAAGUUGUUAAUAUUGGUAUUGUACUUCAAGUAGGGGAUGGCAUUGCUCGUAUUCAUGGUCUUGAUAAAGUAAUGGCAGGGGAAUUAGUAGAAUUCGUAGAUGGUACAGUAGGUAUUGCCCUAAAUCUAGAAUCAGAUAAUGUUGGAGUUGUAUUAAUGGGUGAUGGCUUGAUGAUACAAGAGGGCAGUUCCGUAAGAGUAACAGGAAAAAUUGCUCAGAUACCAGUAAGUGAUGCUUAUUUGGGUCGAGUUGUAAAUGCGCUAGCUCGACCUAUUGAUGGUAAGGGGAAGAUUUCAUCUUUCAAAUCUCGAUUGAUCAAAUCUCCCGCCCCAGGUAUUAUUUCAAGACGUUUUGUAUAUGAACCUCUUCAAACGGGUCUUAUUGCUAUUGAUUCUAUGAUCCCUAUAGGACGCGGUCAGCAAGAAUUGAUUAUUGGGGACAGGCAGACCGGUAAGAUGGCAGUAGCUACAGAUACGAUUAUAAAUCAAAAAGAUCAGAAUGUAAUAUGUGUUUAUGUCGCUAUUGGCCAAAAAGCUUCUUCCCUAGCUCAGGUAGUUAAUACCUUUGAAGACCGUGGCGCAAUGGAGUAUACCAUUGUGGUAGCGGAAACUGUGGAUUCUCCUGCUACAUUACAAUAUCUUGCUCCUUAUACAGGAGCAGCUUUAGCUGAAUACUUUAUGUAUAAAGAACAACAUACAUUAAUCAUUUAUGAUGAUCUUUCCAAACAAGCACAAGCUUAUCGACAAAUGUCUCUUCUAUUAAGAAGACCCCCUGGCCGGGAAGCUUAUCCAGGAGAUGUUUUCUAUUUACAUUCUUGUUUAUUAGAAAGAGUAGCUAAAUUAAAUUCUCAGUUAGGUGGAGGGAGUUUGAUUGCUUUACCAAUAGUGGAGACUCAAGCUGGAGAUGUCUCAGCUUAUAUUCCAACUAACGUAAUUUCCAUUACCGAUGGGCAAAUCUUCUUAUCAACUGUUCUAUUCAAUGCAGGAAUUCAACCUGCCAUUAAUGUAGGUCUUUUCGUAUCUAGAGUAGGAUCCGCAGCUCAGAUGAAAGCUAUGAAACAAGUAGCUGGAAAAUUAAAAUUAGAAUUAGCUCAACUUGUAGAGUUAGAAGCUUUUGCACAAUUCGCUUCUGAUCUUGAUAAAGCUACACAAGAUCAAUUGGCAAGAGGUCAACGAUUACGCGAAUUGCUCAAACAAUCUCAAUCGGAUCCUUUAACAGUGGAAGGACAAAUAGCUAUGAUUUAUACUGGAACGAAUGGAUAUCUAGAUGCAUUAGAUAUCGUACAAGUUAAAAAAUUUAUCCUUAAGUUGUGCGAGUAUUUAGUAAAAAAUAAACCCCAGUUUGGAGAAAUUAUACGUUCUACUGGGAUAUUGACGGAACAAGCAGAAGGCCUUUUAAAAGAAGCUAUUCAAUAAAAUAUCCAACUUUUUCUUAUGUUGGGAAUAAGAUAAAAGAGUUUAAUAAUCAUUUUGCAACAUUUACAAAGCAUAACGCAUUAUUACGUCCAAUAGGAUUUGAACCUAUACUUAAGGUUUAGAAGACCUCUGUCCUAUCCAUUAGACGAUGGAUGCUUUAUUUUCAUUAUUCCUUGAAAUACUUUAUCAGGAACAAAAAAGUAUGAUUUUUUCUCCAUCCACAACCAGAUUCGAGAAAGAAAGAGAAAGAAUAGAUAUGUAACAUGGGCAUAAAAAAUUCAUGUGAAUGAGAGAGAAGUUGACAUGAAAAAUUUGAAUAAGGAAUAUAAAUGAGUGGGUAGCGGGAAUCGAACCCGCAUCGUUAGCUUGGAAGGCUAGGGGUUAUAGUCAACGUUGAUUAACGCCUCUAAUUCAGAA